AUGUCUCUCACAAACUGCCGCUUCUACGAGGAGAAGUUCCCGGAGAUCGACAGCUUUGUUAUGGUCAAUGUCAAGCAGAUCGCCGAAAUGGGAGCUUACGUCAAGCUCCUCGAGUACGACGAUAUUGAUGGCAUGAUCCUGCUCUCCGAACUUUCGCGACGACGUAUCCGAAGUAUUCAGAAGCUCAUUCGAGUUGGCCGCAAUGAGGUUGUCGUCGUUCUCAGAGUGGACAAGGAGAAGGGCUACAUUGAUCUUUCAAAACGUCGUGUGUCCGCCGAAGACAUUAUCAAGUGCGAAGAGCGAUACAAUAAGGGCAAGAUGGUCCACUCCAUCAUGCGCCACGUCGCCGAGAAGACCCUGGUCCCUAUUGAGACACUAUAUGAGAGCAUUGCGUGGCCUCUGAACCGCAAGUUCGGCCACGCUAUUGAUGCCUUCAAGCUGUCUAUCACCAACCCUGAAGUUUGGAAUGACAUUACUUUCACCGGCCAGCCUGUCGCCGACGAGCUCAAGUCCUACAUUGGCAAGCGCCUGACUCCCCAACCUACCAAGGUCCGUGCCGACAUCGAAGUCACCUGCUUCGGCUACGAGGGCAUCGACGCCGUCAAGACCGCUCUGCGCACCGCCGAGGCCGGCAACACCGAGGAGACCCAGGUCAAGGUCAGGCUGGUUUCGCCACCGCUCUACGUUCUCACCAGCACCUGCCUGGACAAGUCGGUUGGUAUUAAGUGCCUGGAAGAAGCCAUUGUCGACAUUCGCAAAAGCAUCGAGGCUGCUGGCGGCAACUUGUCCGUCAAGAUGGAGCCCAAGGCCGUUACGGAGAGCGAUGAUGCCGAGCUGCAGGCCCUCAUGGAGAAGAGAGAGCGCGAGAAUGCGGAAGUCAGCGGUGACGAGAGUAUGAGUGAGAGCGAUGACAACAUUCCUGAGACGAUGUAA